AUGGGUUCAGUUGAAGAGCCUGAGUUAGAAGUUAAAACAACGCGAACGCCAACUAAAUCUUCUCAUGAUUUAAGUCAUUUAAUGCUGAGAAAUAUGUGUACUGAAACUGAAUCAUCAAACUUGAGUAUUGAAUCAUCGGCGUCAGAUAAAACCACAGUAAUAUUUGAUGAUGAUCCUGGUAAAUGGCCAAAGUUGAUACCCAGUGGUUUAAAAGGUUAUUUCUUAAAUCUUGGUGUUUGUCAGCCUUUCCCUAUGGAGUUGAGUAACUGGCAGUUUCCAAAAACAAAUGACUCUCAUGGCAGUGUUCGUUGUUUUCAUGAAAAAUAUUAUUUUAAAACACAGUCAUGUGGUGAAAUUAUCAAACGUUCGUGGCUAUCAUACUCAUCAUCUCUUGACAAAGUAUUUUGUACUACCUGUAAAAUAUUUGGUUUGCCAAAAGCUCAAAAACUUACAAUUGCCUCAGAUGGGACUGGAGAUUAUAGAAAUAUAAAAAGAAAUAUUGAAAACCAUGAAAGCUGCAACAAUCAUAUUCAAUCUGUUUUAAGUAGAGUAUUGUAUGAAAGUCACAAUCGUAUUGAUGCACAAAUUAUCCAAGGUUCUAAUAUACAAGUUUCUGAAAACAGAGAAAUACUUAGGGUUAUUAUUAAUUCUUUAAUAUUUAUGGCUCGACAGAAUAUUGCACUGCGAGGUCAUGAUGAAUCGACAUUUUCAACCAAUCAAGGAAACUUUUUAGAAUUAAUUAAAAUGUUUGCCAAGUAUCAUCCAACCUUACAACACCAUUUAAAUACAAUUGAACAGCACAAACGAAAUCGACUUACAUUCUUAUCACACGAUACCCAAAACAAACUAUUAAGUAUAUUAUCAAAUAUUGUUCGUUCAAAAAUUUUGAGUGAAGUUAAAAAAGCUGGUAUAUUUUCAGUAAUAAUUGAUACCACUACUGACGUAUCAAAAUUAGAGAAAUUUUGCUUAGUUGUCAGAUAUGUUUUUGAUGGAGAAACCUAUGAACGUCUUCUAUUUCUAACAACCACCCAAGAUGCAUCUGGAUUUGGCAUGUUUCAGGUUUUUUGUAAUAUAACUGAAAACAAUAAUUUGAACUGGAAAGAACAUCUUUGUGCUCAAGAAUAUGAUGGCGCAGCAUCAAUGUAA